AUGUCUCAGUCUGAGAAGAUUAAUGCAAUUGUCAUCAAUAUUACUCUUGAUGGUCCGAAUUAUUUGGAAUGGUCCUUUUGUGUUGAAACUGCAUUGAGAGGUGUUGGUCUUCAUUCUCACUUAACUGAUGAUCCACCAACUCUCAAGUCUGAUGGUAGUAAUGCUGCUGCAGUCAAAAGCUGGGAAAUCAGUGAUGGUAAAGUCAUGGCUGCUAUGGGACGCUAUGUUCAGGACAGUGGUGCUCUUCAGCACACUCUUAUGCAGCAACUUCAUGUCAUUGAACAGAGGGACAUGUCUAUUGAUGACUAUUAUUCUGCCUUUGAUCGGUUGAUGGGUUCUUUGAUCUCCAUGGUACCUCAAUGUACAGCUGGAAGACCAGUACCACUAGAGAACCCUGUCAGCAUUGUGGCAAGAACACUCAUAGUUCAGAUGCUUGUUUUGCUAAGUAUCCAGAGAAAUUGGCUGAAUUUCGUGCCCGCCGUGCUGCUCGUGGUCGUGGUACCUCUUCCACUCCUCGAGGUUCAGGAGGUUCAGGAUCUGUUGGAUCAGUUUCUGUUGCUGCUACAUCAUCUACUACAGCUCCUUCGUCGUCUUGGGUGCUUGAUUCAGGACCGUCGCAGCGGACAAGUGAUUGGGACUGGCCAUCGCCGUAAAGGUGCUUCUAGCCUCUACGUUUUGGACACCUUGCGCCUUCCUUCCUCUGUUGGGUCUCCAGCUUCUGUGUCAUCUGCUGCAUUGUCAUCUGCAUCUUCCUUCGCUAAAUGGCAUCAUCGUCUUGGUCAUCUCUGUGGAUCACGUUUGUCUUCAUUAAUAAAUCAAGGGUGUUUAGGUCCUACAUCUAUUGAGUCUAGCUUUCACUGUAAGGGAUGUAAACUUGGAAAACAAAUACAACUUCCAUAUUUAUCUAGUGCUUCUUCUUCUGCUAGACCUUUUGAUCUUAUUCAUUCUGAUGUAUGGGGUCCUGCACCUUUUGCUUCAAAAGGUGGUCAUAAAUAUUAUGUUAUUUUUAUUGAUGAUCAUUCUCGUUAUACGUGGGUCUACUUUAUGAAACAUCGUUCCCAGUUGUGUUCCAUUUACCAAUCUUUUGUUCGCAUGGUUCACACGCAAUUUUCUACUCCUAUAAAAGUUUUUCGUUCAGACUCUGGUGGUGAGUAUUUAUCUGAUGCUUUUCGCCAGUUUUUGUCUUCUGAAGGUACUCUUCCUCAGCUUUCUUGUCCUGGCGCUCAUGCUCAGAACGGUGUUGCUGAACGUAAACACCGUCAUCUUAUAGAGACAGCUCGCACACUAUUGAUUUCAUCCUUUGUUCCUUCUCAUUUUUGGGGUGAAGCUGUUUCUACUGCAGUCUAUCUCAUCAAUAGACAACCAUCUUCCAAACUGUGUGGCAAAUGUCCUGGUGAGGUUGGUCCGCGAUAUAAUCUUCGUGAUCGCAGCACUAUCCAUCCUGAAGAAAAGUAUGGUUUUCCUCCGGUGAAUGCUACUGUUGUUGAGCCAUCCACUUAUCAAGAAGCAUGUGGUAUUCCAGAAUGGCAGUUGGCUAUGUCUGAGGAGCUUGCUGCCCUUGAUCGUCAAGGAACAUGGGAUCUUGUUCCAUUACCGUCUCAUGCUGUGCCUAUCACAUCUAAAUGGUGGCUGCUUCUUCCUCUUGGUCCAUCUCUCAACUGGAUGUUAAGAAUGCUUUUCUUAAUGGUGAUUUGA